CUCACUUCACGACUUCAUUCCUUCCUCAACUCUCUCUCUCUCUUUCUCUCUCUCUGUAGGCCAGGCGUUUUCUGGGGUGCCGACACCCGGAGUUUUCUAGGGUUCCGGCGACGGAAGAGGAUGGCGCUGCUGUCGGAGCUUGCUACGGAGAUCUUGAUCCCAAUAUGCGCCGUGGUAGGGAUCGCCUUCUCGCUGGUGCAGUGGUUCUUGGUCUCGCGAGUGAAGCUCACUCCUGACCGCAGCACAUCGUCCAACAACAGCAAGAACGGCUACAACGACUACCUCAUCGAAGAGGAGGAAGGAGUUAAUGACCACAGUGUUGUGACUAAGUGCGCUGAGAUACAGAAUGCCAUUUCUGAAGGAGCAACAUCCUUUCUUUUCACGGAAUACCAAUAUGUUGGGGUCUUCAUGGUUGCUUUUGCAAUUCUGAUCUUUGUUUUUCUGGGUUCUGUUGAGGGUUUCAGUACAAAGAGUCAGCCUUGCACUUAUGAUGCCCACAAGAUGUGCAAACCUGCACUUGGUACUGCAGUCUUUAGCACUUUGUCCUUCUUGCUUGGUGCUUUCACCUCUGUGCUCUCUGGUUUUCUUGGGAUGAAAAUUGCUACAUAUGCCAAUGCAAGAACUACAUUGGAGGCAAGAAAGGGUGUGGGGAAAGCCUUCAUUACCGCAUUUAGGUCUGGUGCUGUGAUGGGUUUCCUCCUUGCUGCAAAUGGUCUUUUAGUGCUUUACAUCGCCAUUAAUCUCUUUAAGUUGUACUAUGGCGAUGACUGGGAAGGCCUCUUUGAGGCUAUUACCGGCUAUGGUCUUGGGGGAUCUUCAAUGGCUCUGUUUGGUAGGGUUGGUGGUGGAAUUUAUACAAAAGCUGCUGAUGUUGGUGCCGAUCUUGUAGGAAAGGUUGAGAGAAACAUUCCAGAAGAUGACCCAAGAAACCCAGCUGUCAUUGCUGAUAAUGUUGGUGAUAAUGUUGGGGACAUUGCUGGUAUGGGUUCUGACCUUUUUGGCUCCUAUGCUGAAUCAUCCUGUGCUGCCCUUGUUGUUGCUUCCAUCUCCUCCUUCGGAAUCAACCAUGAUUUCACUGCAAUGUGUUAUCCUUUACUCAUCAGUUCUGUUGGAAUUCUUGUUUGUUUGAUUACAACACUUUUUGCCACUGAUUUCUUCGAGAUCAAGGCUGUAAAGGAAAUUGAACCAGCACUGAAAAAGCAACUUAUCAUAUCCACGGUCCUGAUGACAGUGGGGGUUGCUAUCAUUAGUUGGCUUGCUUUGCCAUCAUCUUUCACAAUCUUCAAUUUUGGGACACAGAAGCUUGUAAAGAACUGGCAGCUGUUUUUGUGUGUUGCUGUUGGUCUUUGGGCUGGGCUAAUCAUUGGGUUUGUCACAGAGUAUUAUACUAGCAAUGCCUACAGCCCUGUCCAAGAUGUUGCCGAUUCCUGCAGAACAGGAGCUGCCACCAAUGUUAUAUUUGGUCUUGCUUUGGGUUACAAGUCUGUCAUUAUUCCAAUUUUUGCCAUUGCUGUCAGCAUUUUUGUUAGUUUUACCUUUGCUUCAAUGUAUGGUAUUGCUGUGGCUGCCCUGGGAAUGCUCAGCACAAUUGCCACUGGUUUGGCCAUUGACGCCUAUGGUCCUAUUAGUGAUAAUGCUGGGGGCAUUGCUGAGAUGGCUGGCAUGAGCCACCGAAUCCGUGAAAGAACUGAUGCUCUUGAUGCUGCUGGGAACACCACUGCAGCCAUUGGAAAGGGAUUUGCCAUUGGAUCUGCCGCACUAGUUUCUUUGGCUCUCUUUGGUGCUUUUGUGAGCCGUGCUGCUAUUUCGACUGUUGAUGUCUUAACCCCGAAGGUCUUCAUUGGUUUGAUUGUUGGUGCCAUGCUUCCUUACUGGUUCUCUGCUAUGACAAUGAAGAGUGUGGGAAGUGCAGCUCUGAAGAUGGUUGAAGAGGUUCGUAGGCAGUUCAACAGCAUUCCUGGUCUCAUGGAGGGUCAUGCCAAGCCUGAUUAUGCUACCUGUGUCAAAAUUUCCACCGAUGCAUCUAUCAAGGAGAUGAUUCCACCUGGUGCCCUUGUCAUGCUUACUCCCCUUAUAGUUGGAACCUUCUUUGGUGUUGAGACUCUGUCUGGCGUCCUUGCUGGUUCUCUCGUUUCCGGUGUGCAGAUUGCAAUAUCUGCAUCAAAUACUGGUGGUGCAUGGGAUAAUGCAAAAAAGUAUAUUGAGGCUGGUGCCUCGGAGCAUGCGAGAAGUCUUGGUCCAAAGGGGUCUGAGCCGCACAAAGCGGCUGUUAUUGGUGACACCAUUGGGGACCCGCUCAAGGAUACCUCUGGCCCAUCCCUCAACAUCCUCAUCAAGCUUAUGGCAGUGGAAUCUCUGGUAUUUGCUCCCUUUUUUGCCACCCAUGGUGGUCUGCUUUUCAAGAUCUUCCAAGCGUAGCGAGAAGAAGCACAUCAGGGAAGCUGGUGGUUAAGUUUGUCCUUGUAGAAGUAUCUGUAGUUUCAUCACAAGCUUAAUCUCUACAUCUUCCAUUCCCCAUUUUUUGGGGGGUUUUUUUUUGGGUCAAAUUAGUUUUCUUAGUUUAGAGAAUACUAUUUUUGAUGGGCUGGAUGGAUGAUUAUAAAAUUGGUCAGAACGAGGACUAAGAUGUUGUGUAUUGUAUUUCCUUUUAAGAACAGCCUGAAUUUUGAAUCUUGUAACUCUUUAUCUUUUCCCAUUUGAGCGAGAGAGGAUUUUGAUUGCUUUUAUUGUUUGAUGUCAUUCAAUUUCUUUGCUAGACACUCUUUGAAAGUGGCAAGAAGACGAUUUUGUAAACUCUGAUGUUUUAAGGAUAUGAUAUUUUUAUUCAGA